AUUGAAUGCGCGUGCGCUGGUCGCGGUUUAAUAAAUAUGGUGGAUAAUCGCGCGUGACGACAUUUGUACACAAUUUCAGUUUUCAAAAUAUACUACUGUUUCCAUUUUUAGUGUUCCGAUAAAAAGAUGGGGUGUGCAAAGAUAUUAUCAGCUCUGCGUCGCUGCAAGCAACUCGAUGCAGACGGGGACAACUCCACGCCUCUGUCCAGGUGUUUAGGCCUGGUGGACCUCACAGCCCUUGGAGUUGGAAGCACGCUUGGUCUUGGCGUGUAUGUUCUGGCAGGAUCUGUGGCCAAAACUGAAGCAGGUCCUGCCGUGACCCUUAGCUUUCUCGUCGCCGCAAUUGCAUCCGCUUUCGCUGGUCUCUGCUAUGCUGAGUUCGCUGCGCGUGUUCCUAAAGCUGGUUCAGCUUACGUAUAUAGCUACGUCAGUGUAGGCGAGUUCAUAGCCUUUACAAUAGGCUGGAAUCUGAUACUGGAAUACAUCAUUGGUACGGCGAGUGUUGCCAAGGGAAUGGCCAAUUAUAUAGACAGCCUCUGCAACAACACCAUGGCUAUCACUAUGAGAAAAAUGGUGCCAAUAAAUAUAUCAUUUCUCGCCAACUAUCCGGACUUCUUGUCGUUUGGUCUGGUGCUGCUUAUAACGAUACUGCUCUGCGUGGGUGUGAAAGAGUCUACGAAACUGAACAACGUGUUCACGGCUCUCAAUCUGGCUACUGUCGUGAUUGUCAUUAUCGCCGGGGCGAUUCAUAGUGAUCCAGCAAAUUGGAGAAUAAAAGUUGAUGAUAUUCCCGAGGAGUACCGCUCUCAAGCCGGUGAGGGUGGCUUCAUGCCAUGGGGUGUGGCAGGCGUCAUGGCCGGUGCCGCCAAGUGUUUCUUCGGUUUCGUGGGCUUCGACUGCGUGGCCACCACUGGCGAGGAAGCCAAGAAUCCCAAAAGAGACAUACCAUUAUCUAUCGUUAUUUCCUUGGCGGUAAUCUUCGCUUCGUACUUCAGUAUCGCCACGGUGUUGACAAUGAUGUGGCCGUAUUAUUUACAGGACGCAGACGCACCCUUCCCACACGUGUUUACCGAAGCCGGAAUGCCCGUUAUCAUGUGGAUCGUGACGGUGGGCGCCGUGUUCGCGCUGUGCACGAGUCUGCUGGGCGCCAUGUUCCCGCUGCCGCGCGUGCUGUACGCCAUGGGCUCGGACGGCGUGCUGUUUCGCCCCCUGAGCAUGAUCGACGCCCGCACUCAAACGCCGCUGCUGGCGACUCUACUGAGCGGGCUGUUCGCUGCGACAAUGUCGGCCAUCUUUAAUCUAAAUCAGCUGAUCGACAUGAUGUCCAUAGGAACACUCCUAGCGUACACCAUCGUAGCGACCAGCGUCUUAAUUCUGCGGUACGAGGAAGAAAAUAUAUUUAUUAUGAACGGUAUCAAUGCGGUGCCAGAGACGAUUUUCAGCAUCGUAAAACAAACCCUGAAUUUAUUGGGUCUCAAGCACCCCACUGCUCUGUCGUCCACAAUCGCCAAAUGCACCAUCGGCUUACUCUUCGUAGUUGCGCUGGUAGCGUGCGCGCUGCUGCGCUGGGCGGGCGGCGGACCGGGCGCGAUGUGCGCGGCGCUGCUGCUGCUGGCGCUGCUGCUCGUGCUGUACCGCCAGCCGCGCUCUAGCGUGCAGCAUCUCAGCUUUAAGGUUCCGCUAGUACCUCUGGUUCCAUACUUGAGCGUGUGCAUGAACGUGUACCUCAUGAUGCAGUUGGACUACCAGACUUGGUUGCGGUUCAUCUUCUGGCUCGUAAUAGGUUACGCGAUAUACUUCACGUACGGCAUCCGAAACAGUUCUCUGAGGGAAGGCAAAUGCACUACAAACAAUAACAUAGUUAACGAAAAACAGGUCAUCACGAAGUUUUGACGAAGGAAUCUAGACCUUUUGACCAGAUAUUCGGUCAUAUUCGAUUGGAAUGUCAACAGGGUGAUUUAUUAGACUUAAGAUUUUUGUAGUAGUGCGCCGAUGUACUGAAUUUUAUGUGACAAAAUUACUAAUCUAAAAUAGGUGUUUUUUUAUGUUGAACGUUUAUUUAUGACGCCAUUUGAAAUUAUUUUAGAAUUUUAAAACGUUAUUUAUAAAAAGCGGUAUUUGUAUCUGUAUCCAAAAUGAC